AAAAUGAAAUGCAGCAUGCACAUGCCAUUUCUUUCUAUAAAUAAAUAGAUCGCAUAUGUGGUAACCACACUUAAGUCUAAGCUCAAAACAAGAGAAAAAUAAUGAACUCUUUCAAUCUCUCUUUGGCAGCUUUGUGCUGUGUAGUAGUUGUGCUUGGAGGGUUACCCUUCUCAUCAAAUGCACAACUUGAUAAUUCCUUCUAUAGGGACACUUGUCCUAAUGUUCAUUCCAUUGUUCGUGAAGUACUAAGAAAUGUUUCUAAGACAGAUCCUCGUAUACUUGCUAGUUUGAUAAGGCUUCACUUCCAUGAUUGCUUUGUUCAAGGUUGUGAUGCAUCAAUCUUGUUGAAUACCACUUCUACGAUCACAAGUGAGCAAACAGCUUUUGGAAAUAACAACUCAAUAAGAGGUUUAGAUGUUGUGAAUCAAAUCAAAACAGCAGUGGAAAAUGCUUGUCCUAACACUGUUUCUUGUGCUGAUAUUCUUGCUCUUGCUGCUGAAAUUUCCUCUGUUCUGGCUAAUGGUCCUGAUUGGAAAGUGCCAUUAGGAAGAAGAGAUAGUUUAACAGCAAAUCUAACCCUUGCUAAUAUAAAUCUUCCAAGUCCAGCUUUCAACCUUACUCAACUGAAAUCUAACUUUGAUAAUCAAGGUCUCGACGCUACAGAUCUAGUUGCACUUUCAGGUGCUCAUACAAUCGGUAGAGGUCAAUGCAGAUUCUUCGUUGAUCGAUUAUACAAUUUCAGCAAUACUGGAAAUCCCGAUCCAACUCUCAACACAACCUACUUACAAACAUUGAGAACUAUAUGUCCCAAUGGUGGACCUGGUAGCACCCUAACCGAUCUGGACCCAGCCACUCCAGAUACAUUCGACUCGGCCUACUACUCAAACCUAAGGAUUCAAAAAGGCUUGUUUCAGAGUGACCAAGUAUUGUCUUCCACAAGUGGCGCGGACACGAUUGCCAUUGUCAACAGUUUCAACAACAACCAAACUCUUUUCUUUGAAGCUUUUAAGGCCUCGAUGAUUAAAAUGAGUAGAAUUAAAGUGUUAACUGGAUCUCAAGGUGAAAUUAGAAAACAAUGUAACUUUGUUAAUGGAAAUUCUGGCCUUGCCACAAAAGUCACAAGAGAGUCGUCAGAGGAUGGUAUUGUUAGCUCAUACUAAGUAAUUUAAUACAAGUUGCAUAAGAAAGGUACCUAAUAAAGAGUGUGUUCUAGAGGCACAUACAUGUUGUGCUCUUGUGGUGGAUGGCGAUAGGUUUCUACUUUGUAAACUAUGGCCAUUGAUGUAGUGUUUGUAUUAACUAUUUUCCUCUAUUAUGAUAAUUAUGUUUCUUAUAUUAUUGAUAAUGAUGAUGAGAUAUGGUAGGGAUAUUGAAGUA